GGGAUGGACCUAGGUGCUGCCGGAAAUCGGGCGGAGGAGAUUUCACUCUAAGGUGGACCCGGCCAGGGUUAGUUCUGGGGAAGGACGGAGGACCACGGGAAUGGAAACAAACUGUACAUGGGGCUUGGAAGUUUGACAGGGUUGCCAUUGUUAGACAAUAAAUCUGAAGAUACACUGGACAACGCAUUUAAAAAUCUGAAGUAUAUUAGGUGACAGCAUGUGACCUACAAGAGAGAUCUCUAGACAAAGUAAUAGAGAAUUUGGUAGAAUCAAGAAUGAUGGAUCCAUGUUCAGUUGGAGUCCAGCUUCGUACCACAAAUGAGUGCCAUAAAACCUACUAUACUCGUCACACAGGUUUCAAGACGUUGCAAGAAUUGUCAUCAAAUGAUAUGCUUUUACUUCAGCUUAGAACUGGAAUGACACUUUCUGGGAACAAUACAAUUUGCUUCCAUCAUGCAAAAAUUUACAUUGACAGAUUUGAAGAUUUGCAGAAGUCUUGUUGUGACCCAUUUAACAUACACAAAAAAUUAGCCAAAAAAAAUUUACAUGUAAUUGACUUAGAUGAUGCCACUUUUCUGAGUGCAAAAUUUGGAAGACAGCUUGUACCUGGUUGGAAACUUUGUCCAAAAUGUACACAGAUAAUCAACGGAAGUGUGGAUGUUGAUUCUGAAGACCGGCAGAGAAGAAAGCCAGAUUCAGAUGGAAGAACUGCCAAAGCUUUGAGGUCAUUACAGUUUGCAAACCCAGGGAAGCAAACUGAAUUUGCUCCAGAAACUGGCAAGAGAGAGAAAAGGAGGCUCACCAAAAAUGCAACUGCUGGUUCAGACAGACAAGUGAUACCAGCAAAGAGUAAGGUCUAUGAUAGCCAGGGCCUCCUAAUUUUCAGUGGAAUGGACCUCUGUGACUGCCUUGAUGAAGAUUGCUUGGGGUGUUUCUAUGCCUGUCCUGCUUGUGGUUCAACCAAAUGUGGAGCUGAGUGCCGCUGUGACCGCAAGUGGCUGUAUGAGCAAAUUGAAAUUGAAGGAGGAGAAAUAAUUCAUAAUAAACAUGCUGGAUAAUUUGGGGUAUCAAACUAUGCAAUCUUAUAAGUCUUUUCGCUUUUUCUAAGUUUCUAUUUUAAAAUAUAUUUAAAAGUUGAAUGCCAAAUAACAAAACUUGAGAACCAUCUUAAUACACAUUAACAUUACGUACUGGGUGCUGUAAGAUCUGUUGCUUCAUAUUACUAUAUAUGGGCUAUUGUUCAGCAGUCAACUUUAAACCAGUCUGGAUCAAUGUAAAUAAGCAGGAUAUAGUCAAUUCCCAAUUGAUGACUUAAACAUAACCAGCCCUAGCACACUUCAAAUUUCAGUAAUCACAGCUAUUAACUGAGUGAUUAUAUGAAACACUUGUCUGCUCACUUUUAGGUCCAAAAUUCAAUCUGAGUUAGAUGUAUUUCAUGAUCAGUGACCAAUCAAUCACAUUCUCAGUUCUGCUAGAGUUGGUGACUGCACAUCUGACAAAGAUUAAAAAGCAGCAAAGAAAUAAAAAAUGAUAAUGCUAACAAAAAUUUCAGUCAAACUUAAGUGAGAUUGUAGAAUUGACUGAAAAUGGGAGUGCUGGCACUUCUAUUCUAGAGCCUCUAUCAUACUUACUGAUGGCAUUCUUACCAGAGUAAAUGGGGAAGUGGUUGUGAUGAAACAGAUGAGUAUGUCUCAGAAGGUCACAGUAAAAAACUUCACAUUAAAGGAAAAUGGGAAAUUCACACACUGAAAUCACAAAUAAAAUGGUGGAGCCUGAUCCAAACAUAAAAAAAUAUGAUAAUUUAUCAUUAAAAGUUCAAUUUACAGUUUUAAAAGGCUCAAUUCAAACCCCUCAAUUAGUUUUUUAUAGUAAAUACUUUGAUGCUUGUGUCGUAAUUUGCAGUGUGCAAAAUUUAUUUUCUACAUUUAUAUCUCAGUUUUUAAUAUUUUGACAGAUUUACAAGGUCACAAAGCAUUCAACUUUUCUCACUGAUUUGUAAGCUAUUUUUAAAUGGUCAUUUUUUGGCUCCACACUAUCAUGCAAGGCAAGGACUGCCUCUAGCUAAGAAUAGUGCCUACUUCAGGGAAAAUAAUUUUCACACAACAAAGUGAUUGAGUGUAUUUUGAAAAUAAUGUGCAUAUCUAAGGGCUAAAAAUGUCAUUUAUCCCUUCUAGUCUUCAAAUGUUAUGAAUUGUAAACAUUUCAUGGCUUAGAUCUUGUAUUUUUAUUGAAAUUUUCUUGGUGGGAAAUAUAUCCUUUAUAUAUAGAACACAGAUAUACAUAAAAUACAUAAAAAAUAUCAGUGGCAUUAAAUGUGUGAGGUAAUCAAUUAGGAUUAACAGGAUAAUAAAGGCUCCUUAAUGGAAUAGUAAGGGAGAGGAAAAGUAAAAAAAUGCUCUGGUUACAUAGUGUCAACUUCUUGCAAACUAGUGUUGGAAUUUCUGUGGUGAAGUGUGAAUAGGGAUAGGAGGUAACUUCUAUGUAGUUUUUAAUUUUUGACAGCUACCAGUCAAAAUAUCUGUCAUUCUGUCUAAAAUCUUACCAUCUAAGGUAGUACCACAAACUGGAUGUUUUUGUUUUCCCUGAUACAGUAUAUUAAUCAAACGAGUUUUUAGCUAUUUGAAAUAAUUUUUAGCCUUGAAGCCAAAUUUAAUUCAGAUUGAAUUGAUUAUAGAAUUUUCAUUCCUGCUUUACUUUCGGUAUGUUUAAAAUGACUGGUUUUACUUGGAAAGCCAGUUAUAAGUUGUAAUUGUUCAUGAUCUAGUUAUCAAGAGUUAAUUUAUCAAUUCCUUGAUCUAUAUGUUUCAACAGAACGUUGGCAGAAAGACUGUUUUAGCCUUGUUAAGUCAGAUGCUCUAUUGUUUUCUGAAUUAAAUAUUUUGUAGUUGAGAAUAUAAAUGUAGAUUACAACUUUUUUCUGAACUUCCAGUAUCUUUAAGACCUUAGUUGGUUACUACUGUCAUGCUUGUUGCUUUUAAGUAUAACUUAAUAUUGGUUAGGCUUUUCUAAGACAAACUAAAAUCUUAGAUUUUAAUUUAAAACAGGAAUAUCUCUUCAGUUGAGGAAAUUGCUAUAUUUUAAAUGAACUUGUUAUAUUUCAGAAUCCCCUUGUAGGACACUUGUGUUAUUUUUCAAAGAUAGUAAUAAUCUCUUUAAAGGGAAUAUUUCUGAAUAAUUUGCUGAUCUUUAUUCAUUAUACCUAUUUGAGAUGAAAAUUUUAGUGAGCAUGCAAAAAUAUUUACAGAGAAAGGUAUAUAUGAUAGAGUAGGCUAUAGUAAAAGCUGUGUUUUGGGAAAAAUUACCAGUCCAUUUAAUAUCUUUUAAUAUAAAAUUAUAGAAAUAGAGAAUACAAUGAUGAUGUCUCUAUCCUGUUGUAUUUUGCAUUAGUAUCAUUCAAGACUGAUAAAUAAUUUGAAUGUUCUUGUUCUAAAACAAAAAAGUUUCUACUAUAUGUGAAUGCUGGUAAUGUUAACAUAAGACCACAAACAUUGAUCUUAAUAUUGACUGCAAAUGUUUAAAAAGAUGCAUGUAUAUAUUUGAAUAAAAUAAAUGGAAUCCCA